AUGUCUUGUGAAAUCGAUACAGACACGUUAAUUGCCGAAGUUGAAGGAAGGCCUCACAUAUGGGAUCCAUCGCAUGGGGACUACAAGAAUCGUGAAAUGCGAUUGAAGGCGUGGCUAGACGUCUGUGCAAAUAUAAUACUCGGCUUUGAAGGUCUGAACGAGGCAGAUCAGAAAAAGUGUGUUGACAAGGUCCAGACGAGAUGGAAAACUGCACGGGAUGCCUAUUUUAAAAGCCUCACUAGAAUAGAGCAAACGAGGUCCAGAUCAGCAGCAACUAAGAGACCAAAAUACAUCUACCAUGAGCAGCUACAGUUUCUUGGCCGUCUCCGAGUUGCACCAACAGAGAGAAACAGUCUUGACGAACCCUCUGAAGAACAAACCGAUGAUGUCCGACUGAAUGUCAACACCGAAAAACAACCAUUCAAGAGGAAGAGGCCUUUCAAGAACACAACAUUUGAAGAUAAUUUACUUACAUUAUUAAAAGAUGGUAAGGAAAAAGAGGAAGACGACGACGACGACCGAUCAUUCUUUGUUUCGCUGUUGCCCUCUGUGAAGACAUUAAAUGUUGAUCAGAAGCUAUUAUUUCGUACUCAGGUACUUCAACUGCUUAUGUCGAUUAAGCACACAAAUCAGGCUAAUUUAAACAUACACCCCCCAGCUCCCAUCAGCUCUUUCCACUAUCCACCGACCUCUUUUACCUACGCCCCACCUUCAAUAUCGCAACAGCACCCUAACCAAUCAAUGCAGUACCGCGAGGAUCCGUCCGUACAGACGAAACGAGAACAUCGGAAAGUUUACCAUGAGGUCACGCUGCUGGAGGUAGCUAUCGUCAAAGAUGCUCAAUUCAGUGACAUGGAGCUCUGGAUCUGCAAAGCUCGUUUCUUGAGAGUCAGCUGA